AUGUACCCUCAGCAACUUAUCGUCACUUUUUUGAUGGCUACCAGCGCCACUCUUGCUACCGCGAGAAGCAUCGACAGACGCCAAUUGCUUGGCAAUCUGGGCAGUCUCUCAUGCAAUGUGGCACGACUCCAGAUCCUCGGCGCCCUUGGUAACACCGACGACGCCGUUUCUAAAAUCACCGAUGCAACAGUCAAGGAUGCUGCCAACACAGGCCUUCAACAGGCGCGAGGAGGUAUUUCGCAAAUUGCGCAAUCCCUUCUGAGCGGUAGUGCACCUCCCGCAGCUAGCCGUGACGAAGUAGCAGCUGGACUCGCUGCAGCAGGCGACGCCCUCGCCAGUGCCGAUAAGUAA